UGUCGGUGAGAUUUGACAGUACUUCUCUGUUUUCUUUUUCAGAUUACAGCAAAAGCAGCUGUCAUUUUCGUCACUCUUCAGUAUAACGUUACCAUUCCUGCCACAGAAGAACAAUCUGCAGAAACAAUCUCUCUCUAUCACUAUGGCAUCAAAGACUUGGCUACAAUUUUCUUUUAUAUGCUCGUAGCAAUAAUCAUACACGCUAUUAUUCAGGAGUAUGUAUUGGAUAAAAUUAACAGGAAAAUGCACUUUUCCAAAACAAAGCAUAGCAAGUUCAAUGAGUCUGGACAACUUAGCGCCUUCUACCUUUUCUCCUGUGUUUGGGGCACGAGUAUUCUUGUCUCUGAGAACUAUAUAUCAGAUCCAACCUCUCUGUGGAGGGACUACCCACACACUCUGAUUCCGUUUCAAAUGAAGUUUUUCUACAUCUUACAGUUGGCAUACUGGUUUCAUGCUUUCCCAGAAUUGUACUUCCAGAAAACUAAAAAAGAGGAUAUCUUUCGCCAAAUUGUCUACAUUGGACUUUAUCUCUUUCAUAUUGCUGGAGCCUAUCUUUUGAAUCUGACCCACCUUGGACUUGUUCUUCUGGUAUUGCAUUACUUCGUUGAAUUUCUUUUCCACAUAUCUCGUCUUUUCUACUUCAGUGAUGAAAGAUACCAGAAAGGAUUUUCACUGUGGGCAGUCCUUUUUGUUUUGGGAAGGCUUCUCACCUUGAUUCUUUCUGUCCUCACUUUUGGCUUUGGUCUGGCAAGAGCAGAAAAUCAGCAACUGAAUUUCAGCACUGGAAACUUCAAUAUCCUGGCUGUUAGAAUCAGCGUGCUGGCCUCCAUCUGCUUGGCUCAAGCAUUUAUGAUGUGGAAAUUCAUUAAUUUCCAACUUCGGAGAUGGAGAGAGCAUUCUUCUUCUCAGCCUCAAUCGGUGAAAAAGAAGUUUGUCACAGCUAAAGGAAAGAGCUCCAGAAAAGAAAGAGAAAAUGGAAUAAAUGGGACAGUGACCUCAAAUGGAGCAGACUCGCCUCGUAGCAGGAAGGAUAAAUCCUCGUAAAACUGGGUUUUAUUAAGUUAAUUGACAAGUGUCCCCAAAGAAUCUGCUUUUUACAUGGAUGGCCCUUCAGCACUAGAGAUGUAAUGGAUUAAAGAAAAUACAAAUCAUGUUUUUUGAUUAUUGCUAUUGUUUUGUGAAACUUUUUUUAAAAGCCAUUUUGACUAAAAGAAAAGGUUUAUCUGUCUUCAAACAAACGCGUGGGGGGUGGGGGGACAAAACACUUUUUAAAUAACAUUGACACUUUUUUAAACACUUACUGUGAUGAAAUAACUUCACUUAAUGAGGAUCACUGAUGCAAUGUAUUAUUUCUUUCCAGUUUUUGUAAUCUUGGUGAUAUAUACUGUUUUCCAACUUCACUUUUUCCUAGUUCUUCAAAACUUCAAAUAUAUUAUGAAAUUGAAGUAAAAAUGUAGUAUGCAUUUUCAGAUACUCUGACUUUUAAGUUAAUUACCUUGAUUCAAAUUUGCAGAUCAAAUUGGAAUUCUAGGACCACAAAAGUAAACUUAUUUUAUUUUGUAGUUCUAGCUACACGAUGUCUGCUCAAAGAAUUGCCCCAUAUCAUUAAAGCAAAACUGAACUGAUUGGAAAUGUUGCAGAGUCUUAUUGCUCGUUGGUUAGAAAUGUUUUACAAGGAACAGAGAAACCUUUCUGAGACAAAGCUUUAGCACUUGAAAAUUAGAAGGGAAAAGUGUAUGUCAUAGAGUUGAUUUGAGUAGCACUGUUAACUCCUGUCUGUACUUUUAAAGUGUACAUAUCUUGGACAGUUACUGUGCGUUGGACCUUCUUUCAAAACCUGUCUUUCUGAUUUUAGAAGGGGAGAUUCUUACAAUGUGUUGUUUGUUUUAGGUGGGGAGGCAUCUAAUGCUCCACAAAGAGGGAAUUUGUUAGAUAAAUGGAUCAAGUUUUGACAAACAUUCCUUUAUUCUAAAUGCUUUGCCUUGUUUCGCCUCUGUUAGGAAAUAGUUUGAUUUCUCCUAUAUAUAUAUUUUUAUGAAAGAAUAUUUAAAAGCUACGACUUCUUAAAACUGGUAUAUUGUGUGUGCCCUUUGCUACAGCUGGAGGAAUCUGGAUUUAAGAUUUUUUCCAUUUUCUGUCUUUGAUAAUUGUAUUAAAUGUGAAGCCUUGUCCAGUUAAUUUUUCAAUUUAAUAUGCAGUUAAUGUUUUUCUUGUGUAUCCUUUUGUAAUGGGAAUCAUUCGACUUGGGAAUGAGUAAAAGAUUUUUAUUCA